AUGUUGGACCCAUUUCCCCCGCCGCCAGAAUGGCUGCGUGAAGUUGUUGAGCCCUGGGCUCUCUACCUGAACGUGCCCGCUGUGACCGAACAUGCCCACGAGAUCAUCUUGUCCUUCACCGGCUACCUCUUCAUCCACUACAUCCUCUCCCCCUGUCUCUCUCCGUUGCUCUUCCCACGCCAUUACCCCAAGCUGAGCCCGCGCACUAAGCUCAACUGGGAUGUCCAUGUCGUGUCUCUGGUGCAGAGCACCUUCAUCAACGCCAUGGCCCUGUGGGCUAUGUGGGUGGACGAAGAGCGAUCCUCCAUGAACACCGCCGAACGGGUCUACGGCUACACAGGAGUCUGUGGAUUGGUCUCCGCCUGCGCUGCUGGCUACUUUGUCUAUGACUUGAUCGUCAGUACCGUCUACAUCAAGAUGUUUGGUGUCGGAAUGCUGUUUCACGCCAUUAGUGCCCUGUGGGUGUUCAGCUUCGGUUUCAGACCUUUCGUGAACUACUACUCCUCCGUCUUCAUCCUCUACGAGCUCUCCAGCCCUUUCCUCAACAUCCACUGGUUCCUUGACAAGGUUAACAUGACCGGCAGCAAGCUUCAGUGGUACAACGGCAUGAUGCUCCUCUUCACCUUCUUCAGCUGUCGUCUUGUCUGGGGUACCUGGCGAUCCGUGGACGUCUACAGAGAUAUGUGGUACGCCCUGAAACAGACCUGGGAUGCUACUGACGUGGCCACCGCGCUCAACCAAUCUGUCGAUAUCACCGCCCAGGUGUUCCGGACCCACGACGCCUCUCUCAGCGGUAGCCUGGAUGGAGCCCGUGCCCAGGCCCAGCUUGAGCUCUCCAAGUAUGCCAAUCACACCGCCACCGGUACACCAACCUGGCUGGUGCUGACCUACGUGAUCUCGAACGUGGUCCUCAACUCCCUCAAUUACUUCUGGUUCUCCAAGAUGGUCGAGACCGUCCUGAAACGGUUCCGCGGACCCGCCGCUGGCGAAAAGGAGAAGGGUUCCAAGGGAGCCGUGACGGACUCCACGAAGGCAGAGAAACUUGAGCAACUGAAGGAGGACAUUGCUCAGCAGGUUGUCUUGGAGGCUGCUUCGAAGCUGGAGCAGGAAGAAGGCAGCCCUUUCUUGGAGGAUGUAUCCGAGGAGAAGCUUGCUUCCGCCGUGGAUACGGGUCUCGCAGAGGAAUUGAGAAAGAGGAGGGCUCAUGUGGCCGCCGCAUAG